AUGAUCGUACUAAACAAAUCUAAUUUUAUACGUUUAUUAUUUCUAAUAUUAAUUGAAAUAAUUAGUGCCCAAGAGAAAUAUUACGAAAGCAAGUAUGAUUACUAUGACGUCGACAGUUUAAUACAAAAUCCUCGAUUGUUGCAAAAGUACUUAGACUGUUUCUUGGAGCAAGGACCUUGUACACCCGUUGGGAGAGUUUUUCGACAAAGAUUGCCGGAAAUCGUAGUGACCGCCUGCAAGAAGUGUUCUCCAUCACAGCGAAGACUAGCCAGGAAAUCUUUCAACGCGUUUAGGCAGAACUUUCCCGAGAGUUAUCAACAACUAAUGACAAAACUUGAUCCCAAGAAUAAAUACUAUGAAGCUUUUGAAAAGGCUAUAAACGACGCUUGA